AACGUUAGUAUUAUCAGUGCAGAUGUGGUGAGGCAAGGUGCUGGUUACUUGGAAUACUUCGUGGCGGCAGCUCACUCGACCGCCCGUGUGAAACUUCGCUCGUGCAACUUCAGUCGGUGUUAAUUUCGGCCAGGGGUUUUAAUCUAGAUGAUGGCGGGUAGUUUCGUUAGUUGGAUGUUGAAACGAGAGAAGGAGAACGAGAGAGUUUAGUUUGGACAGCAAGUCAGAACUGUCACAACGCGGGUGUCAGUUUCGGGAGUGACACUUAGUGACAGUCACAACGCGAGUGUUAGUUACGGGAGGCAGGAGGCUAAGAAAACUCCGAAGGCUUCAAAAGAACAGACACUAAAACAACUCCUAAUGUAUUCGAAGAGCCGAGCAGCAAGCCGGCCAGUUGAGAAAGAAAUUCCAGCAGCUCUGACAACUUCGUGGGAUACGACACCGUUGUGAUUAACAUGCACGUACAUGCUCAAGAGGAACUAGCUAAAUGCGAUGAGGCCUUAACGAGAAUUCACACAUGGCGGAGGACUGUAAAGAAAGUGAGGGAAGUUGUAACCUCCAUUGUCACAUGGCGGAGAACGAACGAGACAAGAGCUGUAUUGGGACAGGCUGAAAAUGAAGUGAGGAGAAGGAUGUGGCACAAGAACCACCGGAGAAGAGUGAAAGGAGGUUUUCUAGUUCAGACUAAGAGAACUCCGUUGCUGAAAGUUGUUGCGGUUUCUCCCACGACUAUAAUGGUGACGAACAAAGGAAUCCGAAGGGCCCAGUACCUGCAGCUUCAUAGACAUGGACACCAACUACCCUUGGACAAAGGACCAGCACGGAGAUUCGCCCGAGUUCUACAUCUGCCCCUGUACAGCACAAUCCGUCUCGAGCUCUUGGGGACCUGAAGGGAACAGAGUAAGAAGACCACGCACUUCGAUAGCAAGUCGAAUAUGACAUCCGAGACUUCUAUUAUCCAGAUUGAAGAGUGAUCCGCCUUCGAUAUUUUGAUACCUCUUUAUCUGAUGAACUAUUAAGAAAACACUGCGUAUUGUGAAUAAGAUCUUCUUCACUUCAAGUCUUGAACUAGACAAAUAUGUGGUCGGUCACCAAGGGACAUGAAAUCAACCAUGCGAAGGUUUGAUAUGGCCGUGUUGACACACAGGGAGACAUGACGUUUCAAUCUGAACCGGAAUAAUUUAUGACAAGACGUUCGA